UUCCAAACAGAUGCUCUGGUACUCCUCCUACGCAAUCACAAGGUUAAGGAAUGGGCAUUCCGAUCUAAAUCUGCUGCAAGCCGUGCAAAGUUUACUCUGAUGUCAUCAGUGGCCAAACUCGUUUCUCUGGUCCGUUUGGAUGUUAUUUAUACCUGACUACAAGUUGUUCGGACCAAAUUACGAGUGGUUGAAGCACAGAAUGAGCCCUGGUCAAUGGCGUGGGGUCUGAUCACUGGGUGCCCGUCCAGACCAUCUAGUUGGAUGUUACUCUUGGUAGAGCUUUUACUGCUGGGAUUCUGCAUUAGCAGCAGGACAGGUGCGGCAUCCCAUCAAACAUCUAAUCUGCCUGCCUAUGAAAUCACAAUUCCUGAACUUAUACCGGAACGGACGAAACGAGAUGUUGCCCAGGAACAGAGGAUGGAUAAAGUAUCAUAUUCAAUUGUUUUGGAAGGCAAAACAUAUAUAUUAAGGCUUGAAAAAAAUAAGAAGCUGCUAACUAAGGAUUUUGUGCAAUAUACAUUUGGUAGAGGUGGCAAAAUGAAGUCAUCACAACCUAAGAUUCAGAUCCACUGUUACUACCAUGGAAUUGUGGAAGGCAUUAGUAAUUCAAAUGUUUUGCUCAGCACUUGUGUGGGCAUCAGGGGAAUUAUUUACAUUCUUGAGAAAGGUUUUGUAAUUGAGCCUUUGGAAGGUUCAUCUACAUUUGAGCACCUAAUCUAUCGACUGGAAGACCCAGAGGCAGAACCCUCUGUGUGCGGUGUAUCUCACCAUGACAGACCUGCAACUCAUAACCAUCAUCACUUGAACUAUGGAAGUUUACCACAGAAUCUUAGGGUAAAGCGAGUUGUUUCACCAAAACCCCAAUACGUGGAAUUGGUUUUGGUUGUAGAUAAUAACAAAUAUAAUCUUCACAACAGAAAUGAAACUCUGAUUCAGAUUCAAAUGGUUGAAUUGGUUCAUCUUGUAAGCGGAAUGUUUAAAUCUUUGAAUGUUGCCGUAUUAUUGACUGGUCUGGUAAUCUGGAAAGAUGAAGAUCAGAUUGAUAUCACUUCAGAUGCUGGGGAAGUUUUGAGUAAUUUCGUACAAUGGCGUCAACGAGUCCUGCUCCCUGAGAAGCAACAUGACAGUGGACAUCUGAUUCUAGGCAAAGCACAGUUUAGUGGCAUUCUUGGACUAGCCUACGUAAGCACAAUCUGUUCUUCCAGGCUUGGAGGUGGAAUUGAUGUUUUUGCAAACAGUAAUGUGGCAAAGGCUGCAACGCUUCUUGCUCACGAAUUAGGGCAUAACAUGGGCAUAAAGCAUGAUACUACUGCUCAAUAUUGUAAAUGUUCGGAGUCUACUUGCAUCAUGAAUCCAACUCUUACAAAUUCCAUGGAGUUCAGUAACUGCAGUGAGAAAGAUUUUAUAAGCCUGGUUGCGAGUGGAAGGGGAUUGUGUCUUCGAAAUGAACCCAGGGUGGAAGAUUAUUAUUCUUUCCCAUCCUGUGGCAAUAACAUUGUGGAUGAGGGAGAGGAAUGUGACUGUGGAACACCGAAGAAUUGUAAAAAUCCCUGCUGCAAUGCAGCCACUUGUACUUUAACGUCAGGAUCCGACUGUGCCCAAGGGAGGUGCUGUAAAGACUGCAGAUUCCUUCCCGCAGGAACAUUAUGCAGAGCUGUAACUGAUGUCUGCGACCUCCCAGAGUAUUGCAACGGCUCGUCAUCCUUCUGCCAGCCUGAUGUCUUUGUCCAGAAUGGCUACCCAUGUGCAAACUCAAAAACGUACUGCUAUGGAGGAGUAUGUCAGACCUACGACAAACAGUGUCAGGAUCUCUUUGGCCCGUUUUCACAGCGUGCUCCAGAUGCAUGUUUUUUUCAUGCAAACGUGCAGGGCGAUAGGUUUGGGAACUGUGGAUACCAAAAAUCAGGUUUCAAAAAGUGCCAUGGAAGCAACGUUGCCUGUGGUAAAAUUCAAUGCAUUAAAGUGACGGAGAAACCUGCAGGUGUUGACACGAGCACUGUAUCUAUUGAUGGUACUGAAUGUGUGAAUGCUAACUUCCAUGUGGGCACAGAUGUCAUAGAUCCUUCGUACGUGAAUACAGGCACUGGCUGUGGCAAGGACAAGGCUUGCAAAGAUUUCACAUGUGCUAGUGCUGACAACCUGGGAUACGAUUGUAAUGAGACGGAGAAAUGCAAUGGCCUCGGUAUCUGCAAUAAUAAGAAGAACUGCCACUGUAAUGAUGGGUGGGCACCACCCAACUGUGCAACCAAGGGAUAUGGAGGAAGCAUAGACAGUGGACCCACACGCAUAGAUACAUCAGUUCGAGAUGGCUUGCUGAUAUUUUUCUUAUUGGUGGUCCCGGUCCUUCUAUUGAUUGGCUUGUUAAUUUUUUUCAAACGUAAUGCAAUAAAGCGAUCAUGGAGAAAGAGGAAUUCCUCCAGCAGUAGAGCACAAAAUAAAAGGCAACAACAGAACACUUAUGCAAACCGAGACAACCAGAAAAACAUUGCGACUGUUUCUACAACAAAUGUCUACGAGAAUGUCAUUCCACAGAGGCCAGGUGUUUCAACAGAAAAACAAGCUCUUUCUGCACCGAGACAUCAGAUUCCUGUUGUACCUCCUAAACCUCUUGUGCCUCCAAGACCUACUGUGCCUCCAAGACCUACUGUGCCUCCCAGAUUCUAAGUUCGAUCCACAUCACUUAAUGGAAAUCUAGUAUUUGAAUUACAUUUUGUUAUAUUACUGAUUGCGUGAAAAUCUCAGAAAAUCAAAAGACAAAACAAUAUUUUUGACUUCUUAAUAUUAUUGCCAAUUAUGACAAUGACUGUUAAGAAAUGGUUAUUCUAGGCUUAAUCAGUUUUGUCGAAUUUUUAAUGGAAAUGCAGUUUUUUUGUGUCAUAACUAGAAUAACAUUAGGGUCUAGGAUGAAAAGCUACAAUCUCCGAGGAAUAUUAUUUUUUAAUGGAACCAAGCAGGGAAAAAUUGUUGUUGUUAAUAACAGUACUUUACAAAGGAAAUAGUCAACUGAAGGGAGCUUGAUUUUAUUACUUAGAAAAUAACCACUGAUCUUCAAAACUUGGAUCACAUAGUACCACGCCUGAACUGCACAUAAAAUUGCUCAGGCAACUUAUAGUCAUCCAAAAAUCAUCUUAAAUAAAAUAAAUUCUUGAAAUAAUGCAAAUGGAAAUACCACUGCAGAUGAAGGACGGAGAAUUCAGAAUUCUGAUGCAAAUGCAAGAAAACAUCACAAGUAUAAGUUAUUCCCAGGUGUGGAGUGCCCUAACUAGUCAACCUGAAAAAAAUCACGAAAAAUACAGGAAUUUUCUUUUUUUUUUUGCUUACCUUUGUGGGACUAGGAAGGUCCACUCUGAACAUCGCAGAAAUUCUGACCCAUUGCUGGGCCACUCCAUUCCACAGGCACAGCGUACCAGUUUCUUUAUACUUUAUACAGUUAGUUUAUAAUGAAGGAAAGGACUUCACUGUUCUUCUACUAAUAUCCAAAAGCCUCAGGCUGAAAUGGGCUUAGGUAAAGCCAUUAUUAUAUUGACUUUAGUUCUGGACACUUAAAUUUCUUCACUGAGGUAAUCAAUAUGUUCCUUGUAUUUGCUUAUUUUAUGUUCAUUUAGCUAUUGCACUUUAUUAAUGUCCAUGUAUCUCGUAACUGUCACUAUAUGCCUCUACAUUUAUCUUGCAAUCACCACUAUUUUAGUCACAUGAACCUAAUUUAUGUAUAUUUUGAUGCAGAAUAACUUUUGAUCAAAAGUGGAAAGUAGUUGCUUACUCAUUGGCAAAAGCAGGGACACUAAGAUCAAAAGUAAUAUGUGAGUACAGUACUUUAGGGGGAAGGAAGUUGUCAAUUGGUUACAAUUUGCUUUUCACUUUCUGGAAGAAUGCAAUCAAAUUGGUUGAAAGGUUUGUGAGUUUAUAAUGUAAAAAUGGAAAACACCAUUUUAAUGUUGAUGUAGGUUGAAAUAUUUUAAAGGUGUUGUUCUAAAAUGCUCCACAGGGAAUUUUUCAGAUCUUCAAUUGUCCACAUUGCUUCAAGCACAUAUUUAGAAAUGAGUUGGCAAAAAUGAAAUGUUAACAAAUAUUUUUAGUACACCUUCCCAUGAAAACUUAAGUAUCAAACCUCAACUUCCAUUUAAUUUUAAAAUUAAAUUAUUUAAAUCCUAUUUUAUUUCAACAACCUAAGUUAGAGCAACAAAAAUAAAAAUAACAUUUGAAUCUAAUAGUUCAUAAUUUUUCUGCAAAUCCAAAUCAAGGUCCGUUGCUGAGGCCAGAUUAACUGUUAUGAUAUCGCUCUGAACACGUGAAAGGGUUAAAUUUCAACCAACGUGUGAAUUCUUGACAGUAAAUAUCAACUUUCUGGAUCUCCACCUACAAAAGGACCACACCUUACAUACAGAAAUUCCUGGCUAACAACUAAAAAUAUAAUUUUUACUGGUGCAUUCAUUACAAAAUUUAAGAGGGUAUAAAAUUGUAGUUUAAACUAAAGAGAAAAAAAUUACCCAAUAAAAACUUAAGGGAUGCAUUUCACAGAAUAGACUGACUUACUGACUAGAAUAUGCAGAAAGUAAAGUGCAUACAUUGUUAAAUCAAAAGUAAUCCAUAUUGUAAUAUUCCUAAAUAGAACAUUUUGUUCUUGGAAAAGCAACAUCCUGUUGAUAUGCUCCUUUGACGUCAGCUAGAUAGAAGCCAAUGUUAAACAUGCUUGCAUUGAUGAGCAUGAUUUGCUUCCUUGCCAAUUAUAAUGCAUUCUUUAAAAAGUGGGAUUGAAAUUCAUCCUUCAAGAUUUGCAGUAAACACACAUUGUAUGAUGGUUGUAUGAGGUUCCAAAAUUCAACUCUAUUGAAGUUGGUGGAAAUGAAUUACAGAAGUGGAGUACCACACCCAAUCACAACUCACAUGCAUAUUUAUUGCACAAGUACUUUGCACAUGUCUUGCAUAUUAAAGCACCUCCAGUGUUCCAUGACUGCUAAAAAUAGGAACUGAUCUUAAAUUACACCUUGCUCCAAAUAUCCACUUUUUAAAAUUUUGAAUAAAUUUGAUUGAUUUUGACCAUGA